AUGAGCUCUGAGCGCAUAUUUACUUCCUAUGCGCGCGACCCCCGCUUGAACAGACCGCCUCCUUUAGGAACAACCUCGCUAGACACGCCAUCGCGGAAGGUUUUUACAUCUCCCAGUGCUUCAAGGCAAUAUGAGCCUCGAGCUGAUGCCUCUGGCGAUCAAUUCGUGCAACGGCUUUCCGAUUUGAUACAAGCCGCCGUAAAGACCGCUAGUCUCACCUCAGAGAAGGAAACUAUACAGAAGAAGCAAAGCACCACUGAAGGUCUUCUGAAAAGAGCGAAAGCUCAGUCAAGUUUCCCUUCUACUACUGCUUUCUUUCAGCAAACAUGGAACGACGAAGGCGGUCAUCUGGCUCGUAUAGAUGGCGCACUGAAGGAGCACUUGUCGCGCUACGACCAACUGGAGAAAGCACUGAAAGCGAACUGGGCGUCUUCUCUAAUCCCAGGACCUAGUCUUGUGGAGAAGUAUGACCAGCUCAAAGAAGAGAUCGAAACAACCAAGCAAGAUGCUAAGCGUUCGAAAGAUGAGGCCUUUAGUCUUCGAGAUCAAAACCGCUCUCUAGAGGACACACUCAAGAGCCUCCAAGCGAGAAUGACUAUGCUAGAGAAAUCGCUCGAAAACCACGGAGCGUCCCUCAAAAAGCAGACCAAAGACCACUCGUCUCUCCUUGAAGAAAUCUCGUUGGAAUUCGAGAAGCGCUUGGAAAGCACUUCGACGAAAUUGGAAGAAGGCAUAUCGACAAAGUUUCGAGUAGAAGUGGGUGAAUGGCAGAAGCAAAGAACAGCUUUGGGUACAGAACUGGAGUCCCUGCGGACAUGCCAGGAAAGUUUCUCGGCUGCUAUCAGCAAAGUUGACCAAACGACCAAGGAGCAGCAACAGAAAAUAUCUGAUAUUGAGUCGCUGGGCCAAAGGUUAGACAUUCUUGAUACCCGUCUUGGCUCUGUUGAAUCUACGAAGACGGCACCUCCAGCAUCCACGGCGACGAAUGAGCCAAACGUAGAGAAAGUUUCUACAUCCUACUUUCAAUCUAAAGUUGAGAGCCUCGAAAGCAUACUUAAUCAAUUGCAAGGUUUGCAGGAGAUGAAGGAUGACUUGCACUUUUCAGAAGUGGAAGAUCUGAAAAAGUCACUAGUGCAAGCGUCUGAAGAAUUAGUGGGCGUGAAGAACGAUUGCAACAUGCUAUCAGACGAGGUGAAGACCUUGCGUGAAUCAAAUCCAGCCACUGCCCUACAACAAGUUGCCAAUUUAUCAGGUUCAUUGCAAAAUACACAGCAGUUGGUGGAGACUGUUAGGGUGGGCUUACAUUCACUGGAAACCAGAUAUAACUCUCUCACUACAGAGCCGUUGGCGAGAAACAUGGUCGUUGCGUUGCAAGAGAUGUACCCCUCUGCUAGUCAAUUAUUGGAGCAAUAUUCUGGGUUAAAAACGGCUGUUGAUAACCUCUGUCAAAGCCAAAACUCUAUCGUCAGGCAGACCCAGCAGGAAGCAGCUCUGCGCCUUGAUGAGCUAAACAAGCUGAAAAACGACCAUGCCAGUCUCUCACAAUCUCUUGCCCCUCUUUGGGAGCGAUACGAGCAGCAAAGAACGCAAGGUCAGCCACCAAGCCAUGAUGAUAUUCGCAAACUACAAGUUGAUCUCCACACUUUAUUUACAAAGUUUGAAGAGUCCACAUCCAGAUAUGACUCCCAAUUCAGGUCGCGGAGGCUGUCUGAUGACCGUUUCAUGGAAGGUUUACGUGACGAGCGGAAUAAGUUCGAUAGCCGUCUGAGCCAAGUGGCUAGCAGUCUGGAGGGGUUGGCCAAUGAUGUUGAAGCAGUGAGGUCUGUCAAUGCCAGCAGCCUUGCAAAAGUUGAAAUGCAUGCUAGUGACAUUAAGUCAUUGCAAGAUGACCUUCAUGAACUCAAAAAUGCCACAUCCGAUCGACACCAAGCAUUUCUUGAUCAACUCGGCGAAAUCACGAAAGUGCUCAGUGCACAUGAUACUAACAUUUCGUCGCUGCUUGACGGGGUCGGUGAACUUGAGCGGUCAGAAAAGCUUCGACAUAAAGAGCUGCAUGAACAGUUAGAUGGGCUUAAGAAAGCUGUGGAAGCAAAGGAGUUCCGCCCUCGAGCAGUGUCCCCAAUUAUCGUCGAGGAUCAGGCUCCAAACCCUACAGAUGAUAGUCUUGCUGAUACAGAAGAGGCGGCAAGAAUUCUGAAUGUGGCUGAAACUAACCCUACGCUCGCAUUGCGGGAAAAGAAGAAGAAGAAGAAGAGACCACGACCUUCGGGUUUGUCUGAGGAUGAAAAAACUCCAAUAAUGGCUCGACAGGAAUCUCCCAGAUCGCUCUCGUCCGGAGCAUCUCCGUUUGAACAAGGUGAACCCACCGAGAACAAACGACCGAAGAAGAAGAAGAAACGCAAAAUGUUAUCAACUGAACCGAUACCACUCGACUAA